UUCCUAUGUCUAUUCCUUUCUUGCUUUGCCGACAUCAUAUCCAUUUUACCCCGUUCUUCCCCCAUCAUUCCACCAUGCUCCUCCGCCCAAAACGGGCUUACUACCGGCUGGGUAGUUCUGUUAUCAACAAGGGGGUGCGAUAUCAUAUCGUCGGGAAAGUCGCAACGCACGUCUUCCUGCACCUCCUCCGCAAUAAAGCUGCACAUCCAUGACAACCUUUUACCCUUGUGGUGGUUGGGGGGUUAGGCCGCCGAUGCCUGUCCCGUCACUCCUGUCUCUGUUUCUGCUGAGCGGGCCAUCAUCCAGGAUGCCUCCCUGUCACCAAAGAAGCCGACCUUUCCACCACAUGCAGGGCACGUGCACGGGUAGGUCGGGAGCCAGUGGUAGCGCGCUCGAGUCGCUUACCCCUGUCCCUGAAAAGUGGAGUCGGUGGGAAGGUUACUUGGGGGUGGGACAACAGCGGCUCACCGCGGUUAGACUAAAGUCGGAAGCGGGGGGCGUGAUGGUGGCCAGUCCAGCUGCUGGCUUUCCACUUUCUUUUCCUUUGGAGCGGAGCGCCGGCCGCGAAAGUUGCCGAGGAUGUUUGCACGCAAGGAGGGUCGACUGCGCCAAGACGGCGGUCGGAAAUGAGGAUGCACGUGGGCGAGCGUGCGCUGUCGCUGAAUUUUCCUGGGUUGGCGGUGGGGAGCCAGGGGUGCUGCUUCAUGUCCCUUUUGGUGAGUUUUGUGGUUUGGGGUUUCGUCCUUGCGUUUUGGGCAAGCAGGACUUCUUUUCAACGACCCGAAGUCUAGACGUUUCUUUCCCCCCCAAACCUCAUUUCCUGUCGCCCUGAGAGGUCGCCGACUUCUUCUUCAUGCGACCAGGCUCCGGCCGGCAUUUGGAGACUACUGUGUUUGACUCUCAAACCGAGUUUGGACUAGUAAUGGGACGGACAGGUGCCCUUACAUUGUUCCACACCCACCCGUUUACCUAACC